GGAAACCUCAGGGCCAGCCGCGGAGACAGCUGCCGCCUUGUUCCGCAGCCUGGUGGCUUUGCUUUCUCCCCCGCCCCCACCCCCACCCCCUUGCAGAGACCAGACAUCCCCGCCCUCCCCCACCCCUGCCCCACCUCUCAGGGGGAUUCUUUCCACCCGGCUCUGAAAGCGUUAACCCUGGAGCUUUCCGCGGCCCCGCACCCCACCCCCCACUCCCCACCGCCGGCUCCCGCCCAAGGUUCCUAAAAAGGGAAGGUGCAAAGUUUGGUCCAGGACAAAGAAAUGACUGAUCAAAGCCAGAGAUACUUCCUGUUGCUGGAACGUUAUAUAAAACGUCACCAACGCAGUGGCUGCGGAGAAGCACCUAGCGUUGCUGGCCCAGCCGCUGCCACCGCCGCCGCCGCCUUCCAGCGCCUGAGGUUUCCCGGGGACCACAAUGAACAAGUUGCUGUGCUGCGCGCUCGUGUUCCUGGACAUCUCUAUUAAAUGGACCACCCAGGAAACUUUUCCUCCAAAGUACCUUCAUUAUGAUCCAGAAACCUCUCACCAGCUCAUGUGUGACAAAUGUCCUCCUGGCACCUACCUAAAGCAACACUGUACUGCGAGGCGGAAGACCGUGUGCACCCCUUGCCCUGACCACUACUACACAGACAGCUGGCACACCAGUGACGAGUGUCUGUACUGCAGCUCAGUGUGCAAGGAGCUGCAGUAUGUCAAACAGGAGUGCAAUCGCACCCACAACCGUGUGUGCGAGUGUGAGGAAGGGCGCUACCUCGAAGUAGAGUUCUGCUUGAAGCACAGGAGCUGUCCCCCUGGAUUUGGAGUGGUGCAAGCUGGAACCCCGGAGCGAAAUACAGUUUGCAAAAGAUGUCCAGAUGGGUUCUUCUCCAAUGAGACGUCCUCUAAAGCUCCCUGUAGAAAACACACAAACUGCAGCAUAUUUGGUCUCUUGCUAACUCAGAAAGGAAACGCGACGCAUGACAAUGUAUGUUCUGCAAACAAUGAAUCGACUCAAAAAUGUGGAAUAGAUGUCACCCUGUGUGAAGAGGCAUUCUUCAGGUUUGCUGUUCCUACGAAAUUUACCCCUAAUUGGCUCAGCAUCCUGGUAGACAAUUUGCCAGGAACCAAAGUAAAUGCAGAAAGCGUUGAGAGGAUAAAGCGGCGGCACAGCUCACAAGAACAAACUUUCCAGCUGCUGAAAUUAUGGAAGCAUCAAAACAAAGACCAAGAUAUGGUCAAGAAGAUCAUCCAAGAUAUUGACCUCUGUGAAAAUGGUGUGCAGCGGCACAUUGGGCACGCAAACCUCACCUUUGAGCAGCUUCGCAGCUUGAUGGAAAGCUUACCGGGGAAGAAAGUUGGAAUAGAAGACAUCGAAAGAACAAGAAAGACAUGCAAAUCAAGUGAGCAGCUCCUGAAGCUGCUCAGCUUAUGGAGAAUAAAAAAUGGCAACCAGGACACCUUGAAGGGCCUGAUGCAUGCGCUCAAGCACUUGAAAACAUACCACUUCCCCAAAACUGUCACACACAGCCUGAAGAAGUCCAUCCGGUUCCUUCACAGCUUCACGAUGUACAGAUUAUACCAGAAGCUAUUUUUAGAAAUGAUAGGCAACCAGGUCCAAUCAGGAAAAAUAAGCUGCUUAUAACCAGACUCACAAUGGGCCAGAUCUGAUGGAUAAGUAGACUGUUUCUCAGGCAUUGAGGGGGUACAGUGAUUUCUUUCUCAUCACUAAUGGCUAAUUUUGCCACAGGGCACUAAAAGCAACUAUGAUGUAAAGAAAGAACUAAUGUCUCCUGAAAACUUCCCCAAUAAACCCCAAAUAAUUGAUCCAACUGUCAGGACUGGCCCAGUGUCCACUGACUGUAUGUUCCCAUGUUACUGCUUGCAGUAAUUUAACUGGAAA